GCGGCCCCCCCCCCCCCCCCCCUCCCUCCGACGAAGCGCCAACUCCUCUCACGUUCCGAGUACGCGAAACCACCCCGGGCUUCCCGCGGGCCUACAGGAAAGGCGGGCACGUCACCGAGAAGUCCAACGCCGAGCAACGCUGACGUAAUGGAACGUCCAGCGCUUUCCAGGGAUGGCGGCGGCGCCAGCAGCCCUGCUCCGGACCAGCAGCUAGAGCAGCCACCGGAACAAAGCGAACGCCGAGAACCACGGGGUCACAAUCCAGCCCAGCCGGCGUCGAGGCAGCAGCAGCAGGCAGCAGCAGCAGCUGCAACAGCAGGAGCGACUGCCUGAGGCUCACCGGGGCUCGCAGUCGAUGCCGGUGCCGCCGCAUCGCGAAGGCCAACAGCAGCAAGACGAGCAACAGGAAGCGCGGCAGAGUCGGAGGGAGAGCAGGUUGGACACGUCCAGCUUCGGUUCCUCAUCUUCGGAGGCCUCCGCCACGGCUACUUAUUCGAGCACCACUUUGCAGUCCCGAACUUCGCCGCCCUCUGCGACUUCCUCGUGCGGCGGCCGCGAGGCGAAGAGGCACGAAAGGAGGAGGUCAAGCCAACGUGACGCGGGUUUGAUAAGGGUCCCCCUCACCUACCGGCCGAUGGGCUGGAGCGGACUGUUCACCAUGAGGAUGUCGCCGUCUCUGCCGUUCUCGCUGGAACCCGAACUUGGCGGCCCGCUGCUCCAGCUGCCCCUGGACAUGUGCAACACCCUGCGACAGGAAAUGGGACAGCAGGGCACCGUCCUGCUUUGUCCCCACCUCGCGGCCUGGAAGCUAAUCAUGAUGUACCACGGCGCAGCCGGCCAGACGAGGCGGCAGCUCGGACGCCUCCUCGGUUUUCCCGAGGUCGAUGCCGACCCGCCAGGGCAAGAUGUCGCCGCCGACACUGCCACGUACUGCGGAGCCAACCGCCCCCAGAGUGCGAUCGUGGAGAUGUUCGGACUGCACGCCUGCCUGCUCUUCAGCAGCGACUUCCACCGGCCACGAACCAAGCUGGGAGCGGCGGGCGCGAUGACCAACUACCUGACGCUCUUCCACGACGCCAGCGUCCGCCUCGCGGCCCGCUACCACAACCCGCUGGCCAUGUUCUCGCCCCAGAUCCACGCCAUGGACUUCGCCACGUGUGCCGACGAGUGCCGCCUCUACAUCGACGGCCUGUUCCGGGCGCUGUCGGACUUCACCUUCGAGAGACCCCUGUUCUCCAGCAGCUGCGUGGGGCCCGACGCGCAGCUCGUGUUCGCCAGCAUGGUGCUGUUCGACUCCAAGCUGCCCGCCCAGUUCCAGCCGUCCCGCGGUUGGUUCCGCAAUGCCUGCGGCAGUGCCAGCGCUGUGCGUACGCUGCGACGCCUGGGGGCCCCGUACCGCACUGCCAGGUGCGACGACAUCGCGGCGACGGUGCUCGAGGUGCCCUACAACUCGCCGCAGCUGGAGUCCAUGGUCGUCUUCCUGCCGGAUUCGCCGUUCGGCGGCCUCGCCUCGCUCGAGCGGAGUCUCUCCAAGGACAAGAUCAUGGACUGCCUGGCACGCCUCGAGCAGCGGGGUCCCGUCGACGUGACUCUGCCCAGGCUGAGACUCCGCUGCGCCACGGAUUUCGCCCGGCUGCUGCCCGCCAUGGGCGCUCGGGACGCGUUCGGAGAGGCGGCAGACUUCUCGAACAUGGUCGCCGUGGAUGAAGGCAGCCGUGGCGCCGGAGCAGGAAGCCUGAAGGUGUCGGCCGUCAAGCACUUCGCCGUCUUCCGCAUCGGUCUGCGCUCGGCAGGAACGAGAACGGCGGCGCAGGCGACUACGCUUCCGCCGAUCGUGGACCGUGCGGACGGACGCAACCUGGAGUUCACGGUCGACCGGCCCUUCCUGUUCCUGGUGCUCGGCAAGGAUCCCAGCAGCGUCUUCUUCCUCGGCUCGGUCACCAAACCGAGCGCCUAGCGGGACGACGUGACCUCCGAGAUUCGCGGCGCGCGGGCGCGUCAUCUCUGAGGCCAGGCGAGGAAGGCUGCUUAUAAACAUGCCUCGCACAGCCCGACGCGUCACGCGCUGCUCAUGAGCAGCGCGUCUUCAUCUUUCCGGCGGCACGACCCGCUUACAUUCUGCGGAACUUUAUUUCGAUUAUGUUUGUAACUUUAACGAAAUAUUACUUGAUUUAUGCGUCAUCGGUUUGC